CUGUUGUUCAGUGCGCACGGGCACUUCAUUUGCGAUGACUGUUAUUAUCCUGUGAAAUUACAUUUUAACAAAGAUGUUACACAAAAGUAUCGCCUUGGCACUCCUGUUUCUGACGUUAUGCGAAGCGUUUCGGAUUCUCGUGGUGUUCCCUAUGGCCUCGAAGAGCCACAGCAUUUUAGGCCAUGGCGUAGUCAACCAUUUGCUGCAGGCUGGGCAUGAGUUUCAGGAUCUUCAAAAGUUGAUGGGCAAUGCCAAACACGGGGUCAUAUACUUCAGCAUGGGCUCAAAUUUGAAGAGCGUCGACAUGUCAACAGCGAUGAGAGAGUCCCUAUUACAAAUGUUUGCCAAGCUCAAACAAACAGUCAUAUGGAAAUUCGAGGGCGAAUUCGAUAAUGUUCCGUCAAAUAUUCAUCUCGUCAAGUGGGCACCGCAACAGAGCAUUUUUUGUAAUACGUUUCAGCCCAUCCCAAUUCCCAACCUAAAGUUCUUCAUAACCCACGGCGGUCAGUUAUCCACCACUGAGGCGAUACACUACGGCGUGCCCGUGAUCGGCAUUCCGGUGUUGGGAGACCAGUACGUGAACAUGAAGGCUGUAGUGCGGAAAGGGUUCGGCAUCAAGAUCCGGCUGGCCGAAGAUAUGGCCAAAGAUAUUUAUGUGGCGAUCCGGGAGAUGCUAGCUAAUCCAUCGUACAAGCAAAAGGCAAAGGAAAUGUCCCAGAUAUACCACGACCGUCCAGUACCCCCAGGCAAAGAGGUGGUGUACUGGGUGGAGCACGUGGUGCGAACGCGCGGCGCGCCGCAUCUGCGCUCCCCCGCGCUGCUGCUACCCUGGUACCAGAAGAUGUACUUAGAUCUCGUUGUAUUAAUUACGAGUAUAUUAGCUCUUUUUAUAUUAAGAAGCUGUAUUCCGAAAAACUUUAAACAGACCACACUGAAAAAGAAGGAAAAGAAAAAAUUGUCUUACUUAAUUUUGUACAUACAUUUGUAA